AGGGUCGUUAUUACACGACCACCCCUUUAACUAACACUUCCUGUCCGACACCAGUGAAUCUCUAGUUCCAGAAUUUCAUCAAUGGAAACUCUAUUAAACCCAUCAAAAACAGCAAAGCUCUUUGUACCCAAUAUCUCUCUCUUUAAAUCCUCCUUUCUUCAUUCCACUUUCAAUCCCCAAACCCAUAUUCUCUUUAACAGAAAAACUCUCUCUUUCACCAUUAAUUGCAGAGCAAAAACCUCUCAAGGUCGUAAAACCGAUGGCAAGAACAUAUCCAAGAAGAUUUUUUUAUCAGAUUCUGCGCCAGAACUGAGUAAUGAAGACGUUGAGCCUAAGCCAAAGAAUGGAGGUGGAGCUUGGGGGCUGGUUAGGAAGCUGCCCAAAAGGGUUUUGGCUGUUUUGUCGAACUUGCCUUUGGCUAUUGGAGAAAUGUUCACUGUUGCUGGCCUUAUGGCUCUUGGUACUGCAAUUGAUCAAGGUGAAGCCCCAGAAUUCUAUUUCCAAAAAUACCCUGAAGAAAAUCCAGUUUGGGGAUUCUUCACUUGGAGAUGGGUUCUCACCCUGGGAUUAGACCACAUGUUCUCAUCUCCCAUUUUCCUUGGAACGUUGGUUCUUCUGGCGACUUCACUUAUGGCCUGCACUUUCACAACACAAAUCCCCCUUGUUAAAGCUGCAAGAAGAUGGAGGUUUUUGCAGUCAGCUGAUGCUAUCAGAAAGCAGGAAUUCUCUGACACUCUUCCUAGAGCGUCAGUAAAAGACUUGGGUGUUGUUCUCAUGGCAGCUGGAUAUGAGGUUUUCUUGAAAGGACCAUCACUGUAUGCUUUUAAGGGGCUGGCUGGUCGAUUUGCCCCAAUUGGAGUACAUUUAGCAAUGCUGCUGAUAAUGGCAGGUGGAACUCUUAGUGCAACUGGGAGCUUCAGAGGGUCCGUCACAGUUCCACAGGGGCUCAAUUUUGUUGUAGGAGAUGUAUUGGGCCCAACAGGGUUUCUUUCCACUCCAACUGAAGCUUUCAAUACUGAAGUUCAUGUGAACCGAUUCUACAUGGACUACUAUGACAGUGGAGAAGUUUCACAAUUUCACACUGACUUAUCAUUAUUUGAUCUCAAUGGGAAGGAAGUAAUGAGGAAAACACUUAGUGUAAAUGACCCCUUAAGAUAUGGUGGGUUCACCAUAUACCAGACAGAUUGGAGCUUUUCAGCACUGCAGAUACUUAAGGAUGACGAAGGACCUUUCAAUUUAGCAAUGGCACCUCUAAAGCUAAAUGGAGACAAGAAGCUUUUUGGGACCUUUCUACCGGUAGGGGACACAAAUUCCCCUAACAUCAAGGGAAUAUCAAUGCUUGCUCGUGAUCUGCAGUCCAUUGUCCUAUAUGAUCAACAAGGGAAAUUUGCUGGAGUCCGACGACCUAACUCUAAGCUUCCUAUUGAGAUUGAUGGUACAAAAAUUGUUGUUGUUGAUGCAAUUGGCAGUAGUGGUCUUGACUUGAAGAUUGAUCCAGGUGUCCCAAUUGUCUAUGCCGGAUUUGGUGCUCUGAUGCUCACAACUUGCGUCAGUUACUUAUCUCAUGCACAGAUAUGGGCCUUGCAAGAUGGAACAACAGUAAUUGUCGGGGGAAAGACUAAUCGAGCCGAGGCUGAAUUUCCAGAUGAGAUGAAUCGCUUGCUUGAUCUGGUUCCUGAAAUAGUUCAGUCAUCUAUUUCCAAGCAACCCGGAUAGCAUUGGUGGCUAGUUUUUGAUUCAUCUGAUAGGCAAAAAGCAUGAGAAUCCAAGCUGCUACAAUUUUGAAGUUUCAGGUAGUAUCAAGAUAUUGCUCCAUUUCACCUUCGUUCCAACUUAAAAAGUGACAGUACUUUUAAGUGAGACAUUGCGCAUCCUAGUCAUGGAUGAUGCCAAAGUCACACCAUGGGAGCAGAGGAGCCAAAUUUGAAUUCCUGAAUGUAUAGUUAUUUAUUGUGGUUCACAGGGUAAAAAAUCCAAGCCUAAUUCCAUAUCCACCAAUUAUUAUACGAACCACUCAGGACUUAGAGCUUUGACCUACCAAGAAUAUAUAUGUAUAUGUUAAUAGCAAUACCAUUCUUUUUGGUUCCUUUAA